CGGCGGGACCCUCGCUGCAAGCACCAGUGCUCUCGCCUCAUCCAAGCUGCAACGUCCACCCUUUCACGUUGCCCUCAACCUCGUUGAACCACACCACUCUCCACGACGAGAUCCUCACGCCCUCAUACCUAUCGACGGAAGCAACAUCUAGACUCGCGUUUCCGAGCGUGCAAAGGCCGCCCGCUGCGCGCACCAUCAGCCCCUCCGAGUGCUUCGCCUCGCCCACCCAUCCCUUCAACAAGCAGCUCCAGAUCACGACGAGGAAUCAUGUCUUCAGACCAAGAACGGGAGCACGCUUUGCAAGCCCUGCGCUCGAAACUCAUCGAGUCGCGAGAAUGGGAGGCCAAGCUGAAGGCGCUGCGGCUAGACAUCAAGGGCUUGCAGAGGGACUACGACCAGACAGAAGAGAACAUCAAGGCUCUCCAGAGUGUUGGACAGAUCAUCGGAGAGGUAUUGAAGCAGCUGGACGAUGAGAGAUUCAUCGUCAAGGCCUCUUCGGGACCCCGCUAUGUCGUCGGCUGCAGAUCCAAGGUCGACAAGGAUAAGCUCAAGCAAGGCACACGUGUCGCCCUCGACAUGACGACGCUGACGAUCAUGCGCAUGCUGCCCCGCGAAGUCGAUCCUCUCGUCUACAACAUGUCCCUCGAGGACCCCGGGCAGGUCAGCUUUGCCGGUAUCGGUGGCCUCAACGACCAGAUCCGUGAGCUCAGAGAAGUGAUCGAGCUGCCGCUCAAGAACCCGGAGCUUUUCCUCAGAGUGGGCAUCAAGCCACCAAAAGGUGUCUUGCUGUAUGGACCGCCCGGUACAGGCAAGACUUUGCUGGCUAGAGCAGUGGCGAGCAGUCUUGAGACGAACUUUCUGAAGGUCGUGUCUUCCGCAAUUGUCGACAAGUACAUUGGAGAGUCGGCCCGGUUAAUAAGAGAAAUGUUUGGCUACGCCAAGGAGCAUGAGCCCUGUAUCAUCUUCAUGGAUGAGAUCGAUGCCAUUGGUGGCAGGCGGUUCUCUGAAGGCACAAGUGCCGACCGAGAGAUCCAGCGUACGCUCAUGGAGCUGCUCAACCAGCUCGACGGUUUCGACUACCUCGGCAAGACCAAGAUCAUCAUGGCUACCAACAGACCCGAUACCCUGGAUCCGGCGCUUCUGCGUGCCGGUCGUCUUGACCGCAAGAUCGAGAUUGCUCUGCCGAACGAGGUUGGCCGGUUGGAAAUUCUCAAGAUCCACGCCCAAAGCGUGGUCACGGAAGGUGACAUUGACUUUGAGAGUGUGGUCAAGAUGAGUGAUGGACUCAACGGCGCCGACUUGCGAAACGUCGUCACAGAAGCAGGCUUGUUCGCCAUCAAGGCCUACAGAGAUGCCGUGAACCAGGACGACUUCAACAAGGCUGUGCGGAAGCUGGCUGAGGCGAAGAAGCUUGAGGGCAAGCUGGAAUACCAGAAGCUGUAAACAAGGCACAAUGGAUAGAUGAUGCGAUCCUGCUCGGACAUCUGUGAAGGGCAUGCUCUUAGAGUGGACCUCUAGAUAGAUCAAGAAUGCCUGGGUCUGAGACUGAGUGUGAGAAGCAUAUACCUUCACGUGAUUGCCGUUCUGUGACAGUUCAUUUGCGACUCUGUCCCGUCCUGAAUGAACCCUCUUUGAAAGA